CUGUAGUAAAGUUUAAUCCUAAUCCAUCUGCAUUUCGUUUUGAGUGAGUGAUUACAGUAGCCUGUUCGAGACACCUGGCUCUGAAAUGCCCCGGGGCUUUUGCAUGGACGUGUAGCAGAGAAGAGUUACAAUAUCACAGACACCAAACCUGCAGAGGAAGCGAACAAUGAGAUAACAUAUUUUAAUCAAACAUUUUUUUCUUUUUUUUUAUCACUGUGUCGUUGCAGCAAAGGAGUUUUUAAACAAAAUGGACAUAUCUACAAGCAGGGGAAGUCAGGGGAGGUGAUGAAAAACGGGUGACUCCUAUAGGGAAAGCAGCGAAGGAUCAUGGGAUGCAGUAUGGGAAAAUCCAGAAUCCAGGCGAACAAAUGUGACAGAGUGAGCAUUUCUGUUCCAGCUGCCACCGCAAUUAGAGCAGCUUUGCUGAUCCAGCGCUGGUAUCGACAGUAUGUUGCCAGGCUGGAAAUGAGACGCAGGUGCACGUGGAACAUCUUCCAAUCUAUUGAAUAUGCAGGCGAGCAAGAUCAAAUAAAGUUGUACCAUUUCUUUGGCUUCUUGAUGGACCAUUUCACCCCAGUCAGCAGUGAAAGAAACCUAAUAUCUCACAUCUUUCGUGAGAAUGAGGUCUGCCAUGAUGCAGACUGGGAAAGAUAUUUCUGCUACAAAGACAUAGAGGUGCCGGACAGCUACUGCGGCCCCCACUUGACUUUCCCCAUGACGUUCUGUGGGGUGUCCAAGCUAAUGGAGGCUUUCAAGGUGAAACAACAACUCCACGCUCGCUAUGUUCUGCAGAUUCUUGGAGAAACUUGGAGACUUCUAAGAAUCCUUCCGAACAUCAAUCAUGUAUCGGUCUGCCACACCAAGGAGAUUACAAUAUGUGGAGAUUUGCAUGGGCAGCUUGAAGAUCUGCUUUUGAUAUUCUAUAAGAAUGGUUUACCCUCAUGUGAGAAACCUUACAUCUUCAAUGGAGACUUUGUGGAUCGUGGCAAGAAUUCUUUAGAGAUUCUGCUCAUCCUGUUUGGGUUCCUGCUUGUUUACCCCAAUGAAGUGCAUCUGAACAGAGGGAACCAUGAAGAUCACAUUGUUAACUUGAGGUACGGUUUUACCAAGGAGGUCUUGGGAAAAUACAGAGUACAUGGCAAGAAGAUCCUAAAGCUGCUCCAAAAGAUCUUCAGCUGGCUUCCCCUGGCUACAGUGAUCAACCAUAAGGUCCUGGUUGUCCAUGGAGGAAUCUCUGACUCAACAGACCUCGACAUGGUUGCCAGGAUAGACAGACACAGAUAUGUGUCGGUUCUACGGCCUCCUAAAGUGAUCCGCCCCACUCCCAACGGCAACAAAGCAAAGAGCGAAGACGCGUCUGGACCAGCGGAAGGCCGCCGCCGGGUGCGCUCCCUGACCAACACCUCGGCCCCGGGUCAGAGGAGCAACAUCCCGCGUCGCUCCCUCCACAACGUGCCCACCAGCGGCGCCCAGCUGAACUGCUCGGUGGAGGACGAGCUGAAGAAGAGGCGCAGGCUGGCUGGGUUCGAUCAGACCUACAGAGAAGUGAAGACGCUGGACUCUGACUCAGACCCGGAGUUUGGAGAACCCACAGAAACCCACGGGCAUGAGUGGAAACAAAUAGUGGACCUUCUAUGGAGCGAUCCGAUGCCUCAAAAUGGCUGCAUUUCCAACGAGGUGCGAGGUGGAGGCUGCUACUGGGGGCCGGACGUGACUGAGGAGGUGCUGGGAAAACACAACCUUCAGCUUCUCAUCCGCUCCCACGAGUGCAAACAGGACGGCUACGAGUUCUUCCACAAUCGCAGGGUGCUGACCAUAUUUUCAGCCUCUAAUUAUUAUGAGGUGGGCAGCAACAGAGGAGCCUACAUCAGAAUGGGUCACGACCUGGUCCCUCACUUCAUUCAGUACCAAGCAAGCAGGACAUGCAGGGAGCUGACCCUGAGACAGAGUGUGGGCUGGACAGAGAGAUCCGCCCUGCGAGCGCUCAGGCAGCAACUGUUUGUGCACAAGUCGGAUCUCAUCGGUGCCUUCCAGGAGUUUGACCCAAACAACACCGGGGUGAUUUCUCUACGCCACUGGGCGACAGCGACAGAGAGAGUGCUGAAGCUGGGUUUGCCUUGGAGGGUGCUGCGGCCGCAGCUCAUCAACAGAGCCCCGCACGGCAUGGUGGACUACCAGCAGUGGAUACGAGAGCUCUCCAUCACUGAGCCCAAAACAGAGGUGUCAGAUACCAGCAUCAUGGAGACGAUGUACAAAAACCACUCCAACCUGGAGACCAUCUUCCGCAUCAUCGACACAGAUCACUCAGGUUUAAUCUCUUUCGAGGAGUUUCGUCAGACUUGGAAGCUCCUGAGCUCUCAUCUUAAAGUGGAAAUCAGUGAUAAGGCCAUCACUGACCUGGCCCAGAGCAUGGACUUCAACAAGGACGGCAGCAUCGAUAUCAAUGAGUUCAUGGAGGCCUUUCGCCUGGUUGACCUCUCCACACACGCCUGAUGGAGAGAAGUUGGAGUGAUAGGUUAGUUUUUUGGUUUUUUUUGAAAACCACCAGUGUGAAGAUCAGGCCAAACGUCCUGUCAACCUUAGUUGUUUUUAAAUGUGCUGCGUAAAUAAAAUGGACAUUUUAAUUACCUUUUUUCUAAUAGGUGGGUUAUCUGAAUGCAUUAUUAUUUCUCCAUCUGUAUCAUGUUCCCUACACACUGUAGUUCUACUGAUUUUCUACAAUUUUGUACUUAAACACUGCCUUUUUAGUUGAUGAAAGAAAAUAAAGACAUUCUCUGAUCAA